GAAACAGGGGGCGCGCGCAAGCACCGAAAGGAGACAAAAAAACACAGCAAACGGGAGCGGAGCACCGUGAUGUAUCUGGGGUGCUCGUGAGCCCCGAAAAAAGACUGCAUUGAGGUGGGCAUUGCUUUUUUGCGAGAGUACGCGCAAAUAUCGCGGUACCGUGAGGUCGAAGCAAGGAGAUUAUCCCCGGAGAGGAGCGAGGAGCGGGGGGCUGGAAACGGAGCACCAAUCCCGGAUGGCUAGGCGCGGCUGCUCGCGCUCUCUCCCACCCUGACCCGGGAGAGACACACGGACCGUGGAGAAGCUCCGGGGCUUCACGUGAACACAACCGGAGCUCGUUAACCUGCACCCCCACCCUCACUGGCGUUUUAUAUCACGGCCUGUUUCCGCCGAAACGGGGAUCUUGUGUGGCGCACGGGACCAACCAUAAACAAACAGCAGCUCGGGUGGGUUCAGCAGGCGACCUCUGAAGGGUGUGAGUCUGCGUUGUUAUUGCGUUUUUCAGCCCAUUUGAGAUCAGCUGUACUGUAAGCGUGCGUGCGUGUGUGUGUGUGUGUUUGUGUGUGUGUGUGGAUAACACAGUGUUCAGAUAUGGCUGUACUAGACUGAGAGUCCAAGGAGCCAGCGGCAUUAUGGGAUGUAGCAGGACUGUGCAGUGACCCCGCUCAUUGGAAGGAAACACUCUGUGUACAGGAGCAGGAACAGGCAGACGAGCCUAAACACACACACACACUCAUCCUUUCAUACACACACAUUCACACACACACCUCCCAGCAGCCAUGCCUGUGUUCAGUGGCCUGUUGAAGGUGCGAGUGUGUGAGGCAGUGGACCUGAAGCCCACACCAUGGGCCCUGCGUCACGCUGUGGGGAAGAGCGGCUCCUUCCUGCUGGACCCUUACCUGGCCCUGAAUCUGGACCAGACCCGGCUCGGCCAAACCGCCACCAGGACAAAGACAAACAGCCCGGCCUGGCACCAGGAGUUCUGCACCGAGGUCAGAGAGGGAAGGAGUCUGGAGUUGUCUGUCUUCCACGAUGCGCCCAUCGGAUAUGAUGACUUUGUGGCUAACUGCACCAUCCAGCUGGAGGACCUGCUGCAGAACGGGACCCGGCACUACGAGGACUGGAUCGACUUGGAGCCGGAGGGGAAGGUGUACGUGGUCAUUGAUCUGUCCGGAUCUUCCACCGAAGCCACAGGGACCAAUGAGAAUGAGGAGCGGGUGUUUCGAGAGCGGAUCGGUCCUCGCCGGCGACAGGGCGCCGUCCGAAGACGUGUCCAUCAAGUCAAUGGACACAAGUUCAUGGCCACCUACCUGAGACAACCAACCUACUGCUCACAUUGUAGAGAUUUUAUCUGGGGCGUGCUGGGGAAGCAGGGCUACCAGUGUCAGGUGUGUACGUGUGUUGUCCACAAGCGCUGCCAUGAGCUCAUCAUCACCAAGUGUGCCGGGAUGAAGAAGCAGGAGGACACACCCGAGGAGGUGGGUUCACAGCGGUUCAGUGUUAACAUGCCCCAUAAGUUCAGUAUCCACAACUACAAGGUGCCCACCUUCUGUGACCACUGUGGCUCCCUGCUGUGGGGCCUCAUGAGGCAAGGCCUGCAGUGCAAAGUGUGUAAGAUGAAUGUGCACAGGCGGUGUGAGACCAAUGUAGCUCCUAACUGCGGUGUGGACGCCCGAGGAAUCGCUAAGGUUCUGUCUGACCUGGGAGUCACACCCGACAAGAUCUCCAACACCGCACAGCGCAGGAGGAAGUUGACUCCAGGGCAGGACCCUCCCCAGUCUCCUCCUGAGCUCUCCCAGACUGAGGAGAACAGCUUCAGCCAGCCAGCUGUCCCCACCUCCCCCUCACAGCAGGACUUGGCGCAGUUAGAACGCCUGCAGGACGCACUGUCACUCGACCAGCAGGGACCCCAACACUCCUCCUCUUCCUCCUCCUCUUCCUCCUCCUCCACCACCUCCUCUUCCUCCUCGUCCUCGUCCUCGGCGGGCAGGGAGAACGGACAGAUCCAGAGGAGGACCCUCAAGGACUUCAACUUCAUCAAGGUUCUCGGGAAAGGCAGCUUCGGCAAGGUGAUGUUGGCGGAGCUGAAGGGGACAGAGGACGUCUAUGCCGUCAAAGUUUUAAAGAAGGACGUGAUCCUGCAGGAUGACGACGUGGACUGCACCAUGACGGAGAAGCGCAUCCUGGCCCUCGCCCGCCGACACCCCUACCUCACCCAGCUGUACUGCUGCUUCCAGACACGGGACCGUUUGUUUUUUGUAAUGGAGUAUGUGAACGGAGGAGACCUGAUGUUCCAGAUUCAGCGAUCCAGAAAGUUUGACGAGCCUCGCUCUCGUUUUUACGCCGCCGAAGUCACCUCAGCCCUCAUGUUCCUGCACCGCAACGGGGUCAUCUACAGGGAUCUGAAGCUGGACAACAUCCUGUUGGAUGCAGAGGGACACUGUAAGCUGGCAGACUUCGGCAUGUGCAAAGAGGGCAUCAAGAACGGAGUGACGACCACCACCUUCUGCGGCACGCCGGACUACAUCGCCCCCGAGAUCCUGCAGGAGCUGGAGUACGGAGCCUCGGUGGACUGGUGGGCCCUCGGGGUGCUGAUGUACGAGAUGAUGGCUGGACAGCCGCCGUUUGAAGCGGAUAACGAAGACGACUUGUUCGAGUCGAUUCUCCACGACGACGUCCUCUACCCCGUGUGGCUCAGCAAAGAAGCUGUCUCCAUCCUCAGAGCGUUUAUGACCAAGAACCCAGCCAAACGGCUCGGCUGCGUGGUGACCCAGGGCUGCGAGGAGGCCAUCAAGACCCACGCCUUCUUCAGAGAGAUCGACUGGGUGCUGCUGGAGCAGAGAAAAGUCAAACCACCCUUUAAACCCCGGAUUAAAACCAAGCGAGAUGUGAAUAACUUUGACCAGGACUUCACCAAGGAGGACCCCGUGUUGACGCCCACGGACGAGGCCAUCAUCCGACAGAUCAACCAGGAGGAGUUCAAAGACUUCUCCUACUGCGCCCCCGAGGAGACGCAGCCCUAACACACACACACACACACACACACACACACACACACACACACACACACAGAUCCAACAACACUAAACCUGGCAAACACACACAUACUGCUGACACUGAUACAUGUGUAGAACCAUAAAUCCCUUUACAGAACAUACACACACACACGGUCACUCCUUUACUUUGAAGCUAUUGGUUGUUGUUACUUUUUGGAAUAUUCUUUACUUGCAUUGUGUUGUUCUUGUUGCCUGGGUUUAUUAUGAAUAUAAAUAUGAAUAUGACUAUGACUAUGAAUAUGAAUAUGAAUAUGAAUAUACACACCUGCACAUGCUCACACACACACACACACACACACCAAAAUACACAUAUUUGCACACUUAUAACGCAGAUUUACACACAAAUACACACUACAAUCCCAACUUUUGCACAAUCACAGUCACUGCACAUGCUCAGACAACCAAAACACACACACACACACACACACACACACACACACACACUGCUUCUCUCCCCAGCACCAGGACUGAACAGUGGGUGCUGGCUGCAGAGGCCUGUAAAUAGCCUGUGUUGAGUGGCUGUAUCGUGUUGGUAUCGUCUGCUAGUAAAGGAGAGUCGUGGAGCAUGGACAAGCACCCUACCUGUGUUAUUACUGUCCUUAUUGUGGACCAGUUAGGGCCAAAUACCCUUUGUGCAAUACCCUGACUAUCUAUAUAUUUUAUUUGUAUGUUCAUGUGUUAUUUUUGUCUUGUUUUCCUCCUCAAAAUGUUUUUUUUUUUUCGUUGUGUAUGAUUGAAAUCUUGCUCUCAUCACCGGUGAAUGUCGAGCUUAUACAAGUUACAGGCUAUUGAACUAAUUAUGUGGAGCAGAGUGUUACAGGCGGCCUGUGUAGCAGUGUAAAGCCCGAUUUCCAGCUAUUUCAUCCAUCUGCUAGUUUCAGAGUCUGUCCCGCCGGCGUGAAUGUGCUGGCCCGUGGGCGUUUAUUUCUUUUUUUUUGUCGUGAAUGUACAUUUUCGUACGUGUGAAUGCUUGAUUUUUCUUUUUCUCCCUGGUGGUGUGUGACUCUUCGUCCUCAGCAUUUCUGUUUCGAUAGUUACCAUCAGUGUUUUCAGCCCCCCCUCCUUCUUUCCUUCCCCUCUCCUCCAAAGCACCAAUUCCCCUUUCCGGCCUCCAGCAGCUGUCUCACUCGGCCAAAACCACUUGCUUUUCUGACUUUUGCUUCUUUUUUUCAAGAAUGGCUUUUCUUUCUUAUGCUCUUUCUUUUUUUUAUUAUUAUUAUAAUUAUUAUUAUUAUUAUUAUUAUUAUUGUAAAGUGUAUCUGGAGGAAACCUUUGUGUAAAAUACUAUAACUAUACUCUCAUAGGUCUGUUACAGCCGGGGCGAAAAGAAAUGUGGAAAACCAGCAGCUGAAUUACCUCUCAUUUCAAACACACACAUAAACAAAAAACAGCACAUACAGACUCUCUCCUUCGCCUCCUCCCUUCUUCUUCUUACUCUCUUUCUUACAAACACACACACACACAUUCACACACACACACAGAGAAGGACUGUUGUCGCGUGUACUGUACAGUGAUCUGAAGGCGAGCUGGUUGCUCUGUGUGCAGUAGAGUCGGUGUGUAGUGAAGCUUUGUGCACCCAGGGGUAGGGCUGUUCCUGGUCACACUAUCUUACUCUGUGCCAAAAUGUAGUGCAACAGCCAGGCUAGUCCUGUCUGGUCUGAUUCCAAUAAAACACUGAGCUGUCUACAUCA